UGUACGAACGCGAACACAAGAGCGAGUGAGUGGCCUUGCGUAUUCGGUUGUUCUGGCCAUUCACCGCAUUGUUCCUCUCCGUUUUUCGUCGCUGCUCUUCGAGGAUCAGCUGCAAUCGGCCAUUGUCGUCAGACGAGAAAAGAGAGACGCAGGCAGGUAGGCUGGCUGGCAGGCAGGCCGCACGACACAACGGCCUUAGACAGAUAAAACAUAAGUGGCAAUAGUGACAACAAUGAAUACUACUAUUGUUACGCUAAUUAACUCCAUCAAAGCAAAUUACCAGGACACGAUCCCAGGAAACGGCCUAUCAACUUCACAGGUAAUAUGUGAAAUAGAGAUUGUGUGACUGUACGAAGUACUGAUAAUACAUCUGAUGAGCUGACUCGUGCGUACACUGAGGGGUUUCCUGGUGACCGCUCAAACCCAUCUGCCAUCCGCGUUUUCAGUGUAAAGUAUUCGAGCUCUACCGGUACCAGCUUUUGACAGUUACCCUGCGGUUAUGUGUAUGUGUUUCAAAUCAUCUUGGUGAUCUUUUUUAUAUUAAAGUUGACUUUAAAGCUAGCAUCGAUAGGAACGGCUACAUGAAGAGGAAACAAGAAAACAUAUGUGGAGUGAGUACACCAUCGCGACUCGCUCAAUCUAAAAAAGGUUCAUUUUAUACUACCACGGAGACAACAAAAUUCCCCAAUGGAUCGCUCAUUGGAUUAACUAUCGAGAAGGUACGGCCAGAGAUGGUAGCGGCAAAUGAUAACCAACAAGGCGUCAAGCUGGACUUCCUGUAUCUGGAGCGCUUCGGCGACAUGGAGGUAAUCCGUUCAUGGCUACCUCCAUUGUCGUGGGGCAAUUCGCUAAUCUCUCAUGGUUCCGCUCUUUUCAUGAUGUUCGGUGGUGUUCUGCCCUACGUGCCUCAGUACAGGGAGAUUUUACGGACAAAGAAUGCGGACGGAUUCUCGACCUUUGUCUGUUUAGCCUUGCUCGUCGCCAAUAUUCUUAGGAUAUUCUUCUGGUUCUGUGUACGUUUCGAGACACCGUUGCUAAUUCAGUCGAUUAUUAUGACAACAGCCAUGCUUCUUAUGAUUCAUCUCUGCAUUCGGACGCGACGGGAACAGCUUAUAACGCCUCCGCCGAAAACUAAAACGUUCCACGAUUUAGAGUGGCGUCACUUCUGGCAAUGGACAGACUUCCUAUCGUACGUCGAGUGUACGAUUAUCUUCACAAUUAUCGCAGGAUCGGUCGUCUUCCUAUUUAAGGACGUUACUGUCGUAGUCGAGUUUGUAGGGUUGGUAGCUGUCCUAACAGAAGCUCUUCUUGGAAUGCCUCAGUUCUACAAAAACUUUGUAAAUAAGUCGACGGCAGGAAUGAGCACGUCGAUGGUAAUGCUCUGGCUGUUUGGCGACGUGUUCAAGACCGCAUAUUUCGUUCUACGAGAUUCACCUGUACAGUUUGUAUUGUGUGGCAUAUUACAGGUACGAAGUUAUAGCCUUUGUACAGAAAAAAAAACAUCUACGAAUUAAACAAUAAAACAUAUGGCAGCAGAUUAGGAGUUUGCGCCUAAAUAUAUAAAGGCACAGUCGCAGCAACAUCAAUGCUAAUUUUAGUAUUCAUAGUUUUUAACGCGCUGCUUUUAUUACAUGAAAGGAGCAAAGGGCAGGAAUCAAUUAGGCACUCAUAACAAUCCGUUUUUUGUUCGCGGCUUCGAGUGCUGUUUUUUUUUUACCAGUUAAUUUUAGCUACCCUACUUUUUGGCUACGCAAUUGUUGGGGUCUUGUGCAGCAAUAAGUUAGCAAUAAAUCGUGUGUUCUCAGCUCCAAGCGACAAAAGCCUGCUGACUGCGCUGGACAAACGGGAAGCCAGCUGGAAGCCUUGUAAUCGCCGUUUGUUAUUAAAUAAAUUAGGUUAAUUUAUCCAAAUAACCGCUCUGCUGUGGCUAUUAGAUUUUCUACUUAAACGUCUUAGGAACUAUCUUUUUUGUAAGCGACUCAACGAUGCCACUGAAGUGAUAACUUGUGUAGCGGCUCUUUUGAUGUUGUCAGGGGCGACUUCUUAUUGUUGGAAUAAAAAAAAACCAGUUUCGCAUGGACGUUAAUCUCAUGAAAAGUUGCAUUAUACAAACACUAGGCUAUUAUAUAACUUGAUAAGUUUAGCUGAGUUUCUUUGCUGAAUGCGACACAUCUAAUUACCAUCCCAUCUUUUCGUCGAAUAAUGUAUGCUGUCCCGCAAUAGCGAAUUCUGUCUCGAAGAAGCUUUCCAAGCAUGUUUUAAGUUGUUGAUCGAUGUUAAAGGUACGGCCACAAAUCUAAAUGGCCAGUGAAUGCAAAAGGUGGAAAUCCGCCUCCACAAGAAUUGAACAUUGUUGAAGAUGCAACCAAACCUUCCAUUUCAAGUUUAGGAAGGCAGCUUCAACGAUCUUUGCCGUGUGACCUUUUGUUGCCACGGGGCAGAGUGACCUAUCGGGUUUAACGUUUGUCUGUCGAGUCUUGAAGGACCUGGUUGACUCAACGCAACUAAACUCAAUAGACGUACCGUCUGGUACGCAGAAAGCAGUUGCAAUUGAACCAGGCUCUUACGGUUUCAAUAAACGUAAAACCUAAUCUUUUUUGGAUGAAAAUCUUGUUGCAACCUAAGGUUUCCUGGGACCGUCUGCUCCCGCUUCUGAUCCAUGUUGAAUGUGGAUAUUACUUCUCGUGGCAAUUCUGCGAAAAAAUCGGUUAUUGUGGCUCUGUGACGCGUGAACCGCGUGAAACACUGAGCUGCAACAUCAAGUUAUAAUUCCUUAUUGGUUUCAAAAUGCCCAAGUUCAAAGUUUCUACGAAAACCCAAGGGACUUGUGGUGAUCGACGACAGUCUUAUGGCUGCAGCCCAUCUCUUCGGCCAACUCCCGAGUUGCUUAUACCAUUGUUGUUGUUGUUGUUGUUGUUGCCAUGUUCUUCCUGCAGACGGUCGUCAUCAGUCUCAGACAAUCAGCUAAAGCGGAGGCACCCUUUAGACAUCGGAUACUUUUUCAAACUCGAAUGAUCGAUGAUGAAAAAUCGAAAUGAAAAGUUUUUCUAGCGUUACCGUGUAUGUGGCAAGUACAAAACGCGAAUCGACGAAACGCGUGGAACAGAAAGUUACGAAAGCUGGCUUUUUUCAUGUGGAACAUACUUGAGGAAGUGAAAAUAGCACUCACAACAGAACAUCGUUACGGUAUACUGAUAGAGCAAAAGAAGCACUUUCGAAUUGUACGUUAGAAGUAAACAACAAGUCAGGACAAGUUUCAAAGGAAGGCUUUGGAAAAAAAACGGUUAGCAUCGAUCUGGCGAUCCUA